UUAAAAUUAAGGCUUAAGUUAAGUUAAACCAUCAAUAUUUUUUACAGUGUAGAUAAAUUAACCAACAUUACUCCCAUAACUAAAUAGGCGACAGACAGAACGAAGCAGAGAGAGUAGAAGAGAAAGAACUCAUCGUACUAUGGAUAAAUCCAACUCGGCUGGACUAGGACCUCUGGUCAGGGCUUUAGAUGGGACGGGUCGGGGAGCGACAGGGCGAAACUGUGGUGAUCGGGUUAGAAGUCAGGCCAAUGAACGUCGAGGCAGCUCGCAUAAAAGGGGAAAUAACACCCUAGGAGGUAAACCAUUUCUAGCCUACGCUAAUCAUGUGUUUGAGCCGCUGAAUGGAGAACGAGCCCCACGAGGGGCGACCGGGCACAAGAUACUGCAGCUCGCGUGUGGGCCCACGCCUGACGACAUCCUGAGUCUGCCGGGAAACAGCAGAGAAGAUAUGAUUGACAUGUUAGCAGAUCAGCUAGAACACAUGCAGAACGCCCUGUGCUAUGUGCUAUUAGAUGACAAUACAACAGAUGAGUGUGAACCAACGAGGGCGGAAGUGUGGAAACUGCGGGAGGCCACUUAUCGAAAGGCGGGUAAAGCUCCACGAAAACAGCAGAAAGCUGCGCCACUUAAAAUAAAAAAGAAAACAUCGACUUCUCUUUUUAGUAAGAAAGACCUAGCAUGGGAAAAUGGAGAACCUUCUGAUUCUCUCUCCAGCUCAGAAAGCUCAGACUCGGACAGGGAGGACGACAGGAGGCGCGCUUUAAAGCUCUUGUCAGAUAAACCACAAAUAGAUUUAUCACUCGUCGCGGCUACGUCCAGAGAGCGUAGGAGAGAGUCUGACUCAGAGGAGGAAGCUUCUGUCUCUACACCCCGGCGAGGUUCAGUUACAGACAGUUUCACUGCCGCAUAUGUCCUGCAGAUCAUGACAUUCCCAGAGGCUAAAGAUAACACCAGGCUUAAGGCGAAAAUGAUAGCCGAUUUCGGGAAAACCCUAGGGGCAUCAACUACCCUGAUAGAGCUCAUGAUAAAAUAUCAUACAGGAAUAUCCAUAAGUCUUGAAAUCCUUAAUGCAUACCACUCUCUCGUGAUAGGCGGCGUCGAUGACGAAGCGAAGCUCGGAAAGGACUUAGAACUGAUAAAAACCAUAGGCCUUUGGCCAUACCUCGCAGAGAAAGCCACCCGAGGGUGGACAAGUGCAAAGAUGAUAGACAAACUAAAAAAGCUAGCUCCAAAACUACCUGGAUGUCAUGAGAUCGCUAUUUGGGGAGAAGAAACAAACUGGUCGGAAAUCUCUAAAUUCGCAGCCCGAUAUGACAGGAACACUGUGAGAAUAAUUGAGCCCAGAAAUGAGAGUAAAAGGGGAACUGGGUAUAUAAAGCCUGAGGAAUGGGCCAAACUGACUAAAGAGCAGAAACAAGCCCACGUGGAGAAGCGUAAACAAAACCGCUAGAGAAAACGAGAAAUAAUGAAGUGUAACCCCAGGAGAAGCGACUAUUGCAUCUGACUUAUGUUCAGGGAAUGAAAUGUAUGUUAGACACCAGCGCAGACGUAAACCAAAGUACUAUGGCGAGCUAUAUAUCGUGUUUAUGGUUUCAGUAAUGAAAUGAAACGGUCACCAGAGAUGGAUAUAUGUGGCGAGGAUACUUGCAUAAUAGAUAGCUCCAAAUUUAUGUUUUUAAUGAUAAUAAGAAUAAUAGUUUGUCAUUGCAGUGAUACAACGAAAUUACGUUAGGGCAUCAGUCGCAUCAUUCAUGAGGUAUAAGAGAUCAACAACAAGGCGGAGAAUCACUAGUAAACAGGAGAAGUGUGUGUGCUGCGACAAAAUAACAGAUGCAACCUUGUAGAGAAAUGGCUAAAAAAGAUCUUAUAAUAAAAUCAGAUAAAAACAGUCGACCUGGGGGAACAGGCGGAUAGAAUAGGCAAAGAUUUAAGAAAAGUUCUCGAAAAAUAUAAAGACAAUUCGGCCAAAAAGUAAAAAUAAAUAAGACUACAGAGUGGAAUCUGGGCUUGGGGGAUAUUUGAUAUGUCCAAGGAAAGUGCUUUGCAAGAGUCAAACAUCUCAAAGCCCAACUUGGAUGCAAAGUGAGGGUUGUUUAUUCGGUACGUUUGAAGAGUUAAUCGACAUAGAGGCGGCGGAUGAUGACGUUAGUGCUAUAACUCCGCCGGCACCACUAAUGAUGAUGAGCCAACAUCAAAUAAUCAAACAGUCAGCUUUUUCCUCACUCGUUAAAAACGAAGCAGAAUCAGGUGAUUUAUUGGAUCCUGACUGUUGACGAGUUCCUGGAAAACUAAAGCUGUUUAAUGGGUUUUUGAUAACGUUAAAGAGUUAGCUGUCUCUGUUUGGGAAACAAUUUUUACGUUAACAUAAUUCUGAUUAGUUUGAACGUUAUCAUUGUAGUAAUUGUUAGUAGUAAUGAUAAUUAAAUCAUCUGAGUUAUGCAUCGUCUGCAAAAACCAAGAAACUCAGAGUCAGAGACGGAGGUCUGAUCCAGACUAACUGAUCCAGACUAACUGAUCCAGACUAACUGAUCAAAACGAACUGAUCAAAACAAACUGAUCCAGACUAAGUGAUCCAGACUAACUGAUCAAAACAAACUGAUCAAAACAAACUGAUCAAAACAAACUGAUCAAAACAAACUGAUCAAAACGAACUGAUCAAAACAAACUGAUCCAGACUAAGUGAUCCAGACUAACUGAUCAAAACAAACUGAUCAAAACAAACUGAUCAAAACAAACUGAUCAAAACAAACUGAUCAAAACAAACUGAUCAAAACGAACUGAUCCAGACUAAGUGAUCCAGACUAACUGAUCCAGACUAACUGAUCAAAACAAACUGAUCAAAACAAACUGAUCCAGACUAACUGAUCAAAACGAACUGAUCCAGACUAACUGAUCAAAACAAACUGAUCAAAACAAACUGAUCAAAACGAACUGAUCCAGACUAAGUGAUCCAGACUAAGUAAUCCAGACUAGCUGAUCCAGACUAACUGAUCCAGACUAACUGAUCAAAACGAACUGAUCCAGACUAACUGAUCAAAACAAACUGAUCAAAACAAACUGAUCAAAACAAACUGAUCCAGACUAAGUGAUCCAGACUAAGUGAUCCAGACUAAGUGAUCCAGACUAGCUGAUCCAGACUAACUGAUCAAAACAAACUGAUCAAAACAAACUGAUCCAGACUAACUGAUCAAAACGAACUGAUCCAGACUAACUGAUCAAAACAAACUGAUCAAAACAAACUGAUCAAAACGAACUGAUCCAGACUAAGUGAUCCAGACUAAGUAAUCCAGACUAGCUGAUCCAGACUAACUGAUCCAGACUAACUGAUCAAAACGAACUGAUCCAGACUAACUGAUCAAAACAAACUGAUCAAAACAAACUGAUCAAAACAAACUGAUCCAGACUAAGUGAUCCAGACUAAGUGAUC